AUGGGGUUUUCAGUGAUCACUGAGAAGGUUGGUGAUGAUGGUGGAGGAGGGGAGUUGGUGAUCAUGGAAGGAGAUCAAGGAGGUUUCCAACAAUUACAGGAUUGUACUGUCUUCACAAGGAAAGAAAUUCUGAGGUUGUAUCACAGAUAUCAUGCAUUGGCACCACAGAUUGUUCCACAUCAUUUCAAUGAUAGUGCAGAUAUCAAACUACCUUUGGACCUCAUCAGUGAGAUGCCAGAGCUGAAGGAAAAUCCAUUUCACCAAAAGAUUCUUCAAGUAUUUUCUGUGGAUGAGCAGGAGCACAUGACAUUUAAUGACUUUCUAAAUAUGUUCUCUAUAUUAAGUGAUCUGACACCUCACCAUUUAAAGGCAUUCUACGCAUUUAAAAUUUAUGACUUCAACAGUGAUAACUUCAUUUGCCAAUCUGACCUGGAGGUGAUGCUCAGUAAGCUUACAGGUGAUGAACUGUCACAUGAAGAAGUUCAACUGGUGUGCAACAAAGUCAUGGAGGAGGGAGACUUAGAUGAUGAUGGGAAGCUUUCUUUAGCUGACUUUGAGUACAUGAUCACUCGUGCUCCAGAUUUUAUGAGCACUUUCCACAUUAGGAUCUGA